UGCUCAUGUCCCACUGUUGCUCUGUGUUUCCAGUACAGGGGUUGAAACAGCAAGCUAACGGAAACCCUCAUCCUCCGGUGGUGCCCAUUAACCGACAGCUAAAGUUGGGGGUUCAGAAUUCGCCGAAUGUCGCGGGUGCUGUGGCGGCGUUUGCGGUGUCUCAGGGGAAGCGGGUGGCCGCCUGGAAGCUCGCGGAGGAGGAGGCCUGCCGGGAGGACAUUAUCCGGCUGUGUCCCAAACACACCUGGAAUAAUAACCUAGCGGUACUGGAAUGCCUACAGGACAGAAAGGAGGACAUGGAGAUCGCUGCAGACUGUAAUCAUUUGCUGUGGAACUAUAAGCUGAACCUUACUACUGAUCCGAAGUUCGAGUCUGUAGCUGCUGAAGUGUGUAAAAGUUCCAUACCAGAGUUUAAAGAAUGUGCAGAUGAGGAAAAAGGUAAAGGCUAUCUGAUAUCCUGCUUGGUGGAUCACCGUGGUAACAUCACAGAGUACCAGUGCCAUCAGUACAUCACGAAAAUGACCAGUAUUAUCUUCAGUGAUUACCGUCUCAUCUGCGGGUUCAUGGACAAAUGCAGAGACGACAUUAACAUCCUGCACUGUGGAAGCAUCAACUUUGGGGAAAAGGAUCUGCACUCCCAGGGUGAGGUCAUUGCAUGUCUGGAAAAGGCUUUGGUGAGGGAAGCAGAGCAGCAGGACAAAGCUUACCAAAUCCAAGACAACUGCAAGAAGUCCAUCAUGCGUGUGGCUGAGCUCUCGUCCGAUGACUUCCAUCUGGACCGCUACCUUUACUUUGCCUGUCGGGAUGACCGUGAACGGUUUUGUGAAAAUACUGUAGUUGGAGAAGGCAGAGUCUACAAAUGUCUCUUCAACCACAAAUUUGAGGAAGCAAUGUCUGAAAAGUGCAGAGACGCCCUGACCACUAGACAAAAGCUGAUUGCUCAGGACUAUAAGGUCAGUUACUCUCUGGCUAAGGCAUGCAAGGCUGACCUCCGCAAAUACCGCUGUAACUUGGAUACCAACCUGCCCCGAGCCAGAGAAGCUAGGCUCUCGUACCUAUUACUCUGUCUGGAGUCUGCGGUACAUAGAGGACGUACGGUGAGUGGAGACUGUCAGGCGGAGAUGCUGGAUUACAGACACAUGUUGAUGGAGGAUUUCUCCUUAAGUCCCGAGAUUGUGUUGCACUGUCGGGGUGAGAUCGAAGCCCACUGCUCCGGCCUUCAUCGGAAGGGACGAACCUUGCACUGCCUCAUGAAAGUGGGACGAGGAGACAGAGGCCAGAUGGACAGCCUCUGUCAGAAUGCACUCCAGACACUCAUCCAGUCUGCAGACCCUGGAGCUGAUUACCGCAUUGACCGGGCUCUCAAUGAGGCAUGCGAGUCUGUGAUACAGACGGCUUGCAAACACAUCCGCAACGGAGAUCCCAUGAUCCUGUCAUGUCUGAUGGAACAUCUCUACACAGAGAAGAUGGUUGAAGACUGUGAGCACAGACUUCUGGAGCUGCAGUAUUUCAUCUCCAGGGACUGGAAGCUUGAUCCUGUUUUGUAUCGGAAGUGCCAGAGUGAUGCAUCCCGGCUCUGUCACACUCAUGGCUGGAAUGAGACCAGUGAGACGAUACCCCCCGGAGCUGUUUUCUCAUGCCUUUAUCGUCACGCCUACCGCACAGAGGAGCAGGGCAGACGGCUUACAAGGGAGUGCAAAGUAGAAGUCCAGAGGAUCUUGCAUCAAAGAGCUCUUGAUGUAAAGUUGGACCCAGAACUCCAGAAACGCUGUAUGACCGACCUGGGCAAGUGGUGCAGUGAGAAGACUGAGACGGGCCAGGAACUUGAGUGUUUGCAAGAUCAUCUGGAGAACUUGAUGGCAGACUGCAGGGAUGUAGUGGGCAACUUGACCGAGCUUGAGUCUGAGGACAUCCAGAUUGAAGCUCUUCUCAUUCGAGCCUGUGAGCCAGUCAUCCAGGCACACUGCCAUGAUGUCGCUGAUAAUCAGCUAGACACAGGGGAUCUGAUGGAAUGUCUGGUGCAGAAUAAACAUCAGAAGGAGAUGAAUGAAAAGUGUGCUGUUGGAGUAACACACUUCCAGCUGAUUCAAAUGAAAGACUUUCGCUUCUCCUACAAGUUCAAGAUGGCCUGCAAAGAGGAUGUCCUCAAACUCUGCCCUAAUAUUAAGAAAAAGGGAGAUGUUGUGAUCUGUUUGAGCACCACAGUGAGAAAUGACACUUUACAAGAUAUAAAGGAGCAGCGUGUAUCCCUGAAGUGUCGCAAGCAGCUGAAAGUGGAGGAGCUGGAAAUGUCAGAGGAUAUUCGUUUAGAGCCGGAGUUGUAUGAUGCUUGUAAAAAGGACAUUAACAGGUUAUGCUCUGCUGUUGCGUUUGGCAAUGCUCAGGUCCUUGAGUGUUUGAAAGAGAAUAAGCAGGAGCUGUCUCACACAUGCCAUCAGAGGGUGUUUAAACUGCAGGAGUUGGAGAUGCUAGACCCUGAGCUGGACUACCAGCUAAUGAGAGUGUGCAAACAAAUGAUUAAGCGUUUCUGUACUGAGUCUGAUGCCAAGACUGUGCUGCAGUGCUUGAAACAGAACAAGAACAAUGAGCUGAUGGACCCUAAAUGCAAGCAGACAAUCACCAAGAGACAGAUUACUCAGAGCACAGACUACAGACUUAAUCCAGUACUCCGGAAGGCCUGCAAAGCAGAUAUUCCCAAAUUUUGUCAGGAUAUUGUCAACAAAGCCACUGAUGACAAGGAACUAGAGGGCAAAGUCAUAUCCUGCCUCAAGAUCAAAUUUGCUGACCAGCGACUGUCUCCAGGCUGUGAAGAUCAGAUUAGGGUGAUCCUACAGGAGUCAGCUCUGGACUACCGACUCGAUCCUCAGCUUCAGUUUCAUUGCAGUUAUGAGAUUACAGACCUGUGUGCGGAGGAAGCUGCUGCUCAGGAACAGACAGGCCAGGUGGAAGAAUGCCUAAAGACCAACCUGCUGAAGCUCAAAGCUGAUGCCUGCAAGAAGGAGGUUUUGAACAUGUUAAAAGAAAGUAAAGCAGACAUAUUUGUAGAUCCAGUCUUGCAUACAGCUUGUGCCUUGGACCUGAAGCACCAGUGUGCGGCAAUCACCCCUGGGCGUGGUCGACAGAUGUCGUGUUUGAUGGAUGCUCUUCAGGACAAGCGGGUGAGACUCCAGCCUGAGUGUAAGAAGAGGUUGCAAGACCGGAUAGAUAUGUGGGGCUACGCAGCCAAGGUGGCUCCAGCUGAAGGAUUUGCAGACCUGGCGUUCCAAGUUAUGACGUCGCCUUCAAAAAACUACCUCCUGUUAGUCAUGGCAGUGGUCAUCUGUACACUUUUCCUGAUGGGUUUGGUCUGUGGCCGUAUCACUAAACGUGUGACCAGGGAACUGAAGGAUAGGUAGAGCAUGGAUCUCAUGCUUCUCUGAGACUUUAAAAAGCUUAGACCCUCUUACUACUCGUCCAAUGGUCUAACCACUCGUCCUCUGCCCUUACCUCUCGUCCACUGCUCUAACUCUGGCCCAGGUGUCCUUCCUUACCAUAUCUGACUUUGGACAAGUUCUGGUGGGCCAGUGCCAUGCUAGAAGCUCUUAAUAUGCCCUGUUGUGAAUGGCCCAGAAUUAAAGAACAAACCAACCAACAGACAGACAAACUUUGGGCCAUUUGGGAUAUUAAUCCUUGGUUUCUCCCCUCUUUUGUAACUAUUUUUAUUCAAUGUUUGGUUUAGUUACUGUCUGAACCUUGUUUCAUGUUGGGUGACAUUGUUUUUGCAAGAUUAUUGUGGACUUUUAUUGCAUAAUUUGCCACUCUUUUGUUGUUUGACUCUCUGCUCGACCAGUGCAAAUGCACAGCCACCCAGCACUGUUAAAGAAAAGGUUGAAUACUGGUUUUUGAAGCUGGACUUGUUCUGCCCCAGAUAACUGGAAUUCACUGGAAAUGAUUAUAUAAAGCUGAGGUUACUGAAAGUGCUGUGGGCAGUUGAAGCUUACUGAUUAAGGUACUGGACUAGUGAUCAGCCGGUCCCUGGUUCAAGCCCCACCGUCACCAUGUUACCGUGGUGCCCUUAAGCAAGGCCCUUAACCCUCAAUUGCUCAGAUUGUAUAAGUUGUAUGGUGCUCUGGAUAAAAGCGUAUGUUUCUAACUGCUAAACAGUAUGGUCAUCUGACAUUUUAUUUCUUUUUUGUUUAAUAUGUACAGACCUUACUUUUUGUUACAAAUGGAUUCUUCCAAGUCGUCUACGUCAGCUUUUUUGCACCUGAGCUGCAAAUGGGUACUAUGAUGUGGGUCAUUUAAUAGUUCUUCUGCUGUUUUAAAUCUAUCAGUGAGUCAAAUCUUUAUUUAGAAACAACCCUUGUGAGCAAACAAUACCCAAACAUGCCCACACUUCUUUGUUGAAAUAAUGAGCUCAAUCUUUUUCACCACAUGUUGCAUUAAACAGUCUGUUUUAUAGUAUUUUCUUAAACCCUGUAGCAGAAAAUUACCACACGAUAUCUACCUUGUGUCGUGAACUUUUGCUGCCCACACAGACUAAUCUGUUUUUAGGCGCCUGGGUGGCACAGCAGUAUAUUAUGCUAUCCCAUUACCAAUGAGAUCUGGGUUCCUAUCUCAGCGGUGCUAUCGGACGGUCAGGUGUCUACACACAUAUGAUUGGCCAAAGCCCUGUAAUGUGUCAGUGUUCAUUCCCUGCGCCCAGUGUUUUCCAGUGAGACCGCUACCCUGACUAGGAUAAAGCGGUUUAUAAAAAUGAAAUAAAAAAGGUUAGAAAGGUUGGGUCUGUGUUUAUGAUCACUAUUUGUGCUUCAUGACUUCAUUAGCCUGGUUUAUGCUUUAUCAGAAUUAAUUUGGAGAGCCUCCUUCAAAGUACUUACUUUAUGGUCUGAAGUGAUCAUGGUUUAUCAGGACAAUUAAAGCAUUGUAGAUUGCUUUCAAACCAAGAAUUGAACACCUAAGAGUGACCAUUGUUUUAUCAGUUAUAAAAAAAAUAAUUAUUCUGCACACACUGCAAAAAAUAGUUACAGACUCUGAACAGACAAAUUAUGUGUAAAAAAUAUUUAUGCUUUAAGAAAAAUGUGAAUCAUUGUUGCUCGGUUGGUGCAGCCCAUCAUGAAUGUUCCAGUUCCAGUUCCAGUUCCAGUGUCAGGUGUGCUAUCGGCUGCUGCCCACUCAGACACCAGUGACUAUCCCAUAAUGGAAAUAGUUAAAUGGGCUUCUCGGUACUGCUCUGUGCGACCCUGUAUCUAGCCUUUGAAGAACUGAAAAAGAGCUUGCCCCAAAGUCCAAAAGCACUUGUCAGAAUAUUAUCACACUGUUGAUGGGUGUGUUUGGUGUAUAAAAUUACCCAAACUCACUUUAUACAUGCUUACAGGGUAUGACUCUGCUUUUUCCUGGUCUGUCCCUGACUGCAGAGGUGGGCAGUGCGAUCCUAACAAGGGGUCAGGUCAAACUGGUCAGGUGUGCCUAGCUAGUCAUGCUGAUUAAACAGUGUCAAAUGUAGACAUGAUUCCUUGUCGAUUUGCAUUGAACAAAUGACAUGCAUUUGAUUUGUCUCUAUUUUAUUGCAGUAAUUAUUUUUUUUCCAGGAUUUUUCAAACAUUACCAUUGGCAAAUUAGCACAGUGUGGUGAGUUGCAUGACAUUUGCAACUAAUUGGCUUAAAUUAUUAUUUGGGAUAAAAAUAUGUCUGUAAAAAUAGUAAUAAUGCUUUCUGAGAUGCACUGUGCCACUAAUAAAAAUAAUUAGCCAAUGUUUACCACUUUCUCCUGGUCUGCUUUACCCAUUUAAAAUCUUAUGAGGCCUUUUUGGUUAGAAGCAUAAACCAGGCUUAACACACAGUUUGUUUUCCCAACACUUGUUGACUUCAGGGUCUGUAAUGGGUCACUUUCUUCAUUUGAUUUCUUGUGUGUAUGUCUGAAAAAUCUGUUUUUGUUUUGAAUGGUUAUAUGAAUUCAACUUUUGUGUAUUAGACGGUCAGUGGUAGCUCAUCGAUCAAGGUAAUGGAGUAGUAUUCAGAAAAGGUCACUGGUUCAAGCCCCAACGAUGCCAAGUUUUCCACUCUUGGGUCUUUAAGCAAGGCCCUUACCCCUCAGUUGUUUGCAUUGUAUUGAGUCGUAGUUGUAAGUCGCUUUGGGUAAGAAGCGUCUCCUAAAUGCCAUAAUUGUAAGUGUGAUUUGAUGUGAAGGUAAGGGGGCAUGCAGAUGUUAAGAUGGGCAGAACUUAGAAAUGCACAACCCAGUCUGGAAUUAUUAUUGACUCUCACUGUUUCUUAGAGUGUAUUGUUUCUGUAAGAGAAGUAAAUGAUUGAAGGAUGCUUUUGAAAAGCUAUGCAUCAUCUGGACCAAUAUUAAUUUGGCCCAAUUAAGAAAGCCAGAUCUGCAUAGCAGAGUACAUAUUCAGAUGAAUGUUGAUUAAAUGCUUGCACUUUG